CGGUGUGGGUGAGGUGAGGUGUAGACAGUAGAAAGGGGUUCAAGCGUGAGGAACAGGGGGACGCAGAGCGAUGGCUCGCGGCGGCCGCAGGGGUAGAUAAAAAGGCAUCGCGCCGCGGGUGUGGGAGGGAGGGAGGGUAGGACAGCCUGGCGCCACGAGAGUAUGACGGGGCUGUACGAGCUGGUGUGGCGGGUGCUGCACGCUUUGCUUUGCCUGCACCGCACGCUCACCUACUGGCUCCGCGUUCGGUUCGGCACCUGGAACUGGCUCUGGCGGCGCUGCUGCCGCGCCGCCUCCGCCGCGGUCCUAGCGCCGCUCGUCUUCACGCUCCGCAAGCCCCCGGCUGUAGGCAGGAACCGCCGUCAGCACCGGCACCCGCGAGGGGGGCCGGGUCUGGGCGCCCCCCAUCCCCGGCUGCGCUGGCGGGCGGACGGCCGUUCCCUGAAGAAGCUCCCGGUGCACAUGGGCCUGGUGAUCACCGAGGAAGAGCAGGAGACUAGCUUCUCGGACAUCGCAAGCCUCGUGGUGUGGUGCAUGGCCGUGGGCAUCUCCUACAUUAGCGUCUACGACCACCAAGGUAUUUUCAAAAGAAAUAACUCCAGGUUGAUGGAUGAAAUUUUAAAACAACAGCAGGAACUUCUGGGCUUAGAUUGUUCGAAGUACUCAACAGAGUUUGCAAAUAGUAAUGACAAAGAUGAUCAAGUUUUAAAUUGCCAAUCAGCAGUGAAGGUCCUGUCCCCAGAAGAUGGAAAAGCGGAUAUUGUGCGAGCUGCUCAGGAAUUUUGCCAGUUAGUAGCCCAGCAGCAACAGAAACCCACGGAUUUAGAUGUACAUAUGUUAGACAGUUUACUUAGUGCAAGUGGUUUUCCUGAUCCUGAUGUAGUAUUGAAGUUUGGGCCUGUGGAGAGCACAUUAGGCUUUCUUCCCUGGCAUAUCAGAUUGACUGAGAUUAUUUCUUUGCCUUCCCACCUAAACAUCAGAUAUGAGGACUUUUUCUCAGCACUUUGUCAGUAUGCAGCGUGUGAGCAGCGUCUGGGAAAGUAGUGAUCCCUGGUCGCAGGGCAUGACUUCAGGCUUUGGAGAAAAGGACCCAAGUGACUCUGAUGUUUACAAAGCACCUAUGAAACCCUGUACACACCUAGUUCAUAAUCCUCAUAAUUUAUCAACAAACACAAAAAAGUGUCUUACUUGAGAGUAAGUGUGUGUGAGUGUGUGUGUGUGCGUGCAUGUGUGUGUGUGGAAAUAAACUUACAAAUGGGAAGCAGUGGAGAAGGGAGUACACGGACUUGUACCUUCAAGCAAAUAGCAGUGAUGUUAUAGGAGCUGAAAUUUCAGCUUUAAAGGCUUCAGCCCACCUACUUCCCUGUUUUUCUAGGGAGAGGAGUGGGUGUUUAGAGCUGUUAGAUUACUAUUUGGGGGGGAGGGGAAUCUUUUUUUUUUUUCAGUCCUUCCUGGUGACCAAACUUUAAUUUUUAAGAAUAAUAUAUUGACUUAUUAAAUGGAAGCUUUCUAAGUUUGAGGGAUUUCCAGAGGGAUGGAGUUCUGCAUUGUUCAUGUUAAAAACUUGCUCACCGUUGGGGCAGAGGGAACACCCGUUUUCAGAUAUCCGUCCAUUUUCAUCUCAUCAUUGUCAAACUGUGUGACUCGAGAGUAUAAGUAUUAUGGAGUUCAAAUAAGGUGAAGAAGUUAUAAUCUUAAAAGUAAAGGUGGAAAGUUUCUUAAAAAAAGAAGGAAGGUUUGGAUUUUCUUUUUUGUUUGGUGGGCACUGUGCUAACAUACAAAGUUGGUUAAAAAUGUUGCCAUUAACUAUGUUUAUUUAAAAUAAAUAUUUGAGGGAAGUUACAAGGCAGCUCGUUUCCUCAAAAGUGACCUGUUCCUCUCUGGUGUAGCACGUUUAGGACCACGGCAGCACCCAGGACUUGUACUUGGUAAAUCCUGACGGCGACUGUGUAUAACAGAUCUCUGAGUAAGACUGAAGCCUGUGUAGGUAGUAAAACAUCACCAAAGUCUACAAAAGGAAAUUAAUUUUACAUGUUCUCUUUCAUGACAGAGAACAGCACUGGUUCUGUUAUUUUUUAAAUGAAUAAUUUUUUGAUAGAUGUUUCAUAUUUCUUUCCUCACUGAUGAUCCUUGGACAGAAACUAUUCUUUAUAUUUGGACUGUUUUCAGAAAAAUCUUAUCAACAAGUGUAUAAUAGUUAUCUAAAAUUGCACAUUUAGAAUGGGGAAGUUUAACUAGCAGGUCUCAGAAGUCUGAAAAAUAGAAGAGAGGACUAGAUUUGUAAAGCGAGGUCUGGAAUUGCUUGUCAGAUUCUGAAAACAUGAAGAAUAAGUGUUUCAAUUUUAGAUUACAAAACCCCAUUUAUGAUUUUAAAAAUAUACUUGAAAUAAAAUGAUUAAAUUUUGGUUUAGUGAUAUUACUUUGCACUUCAUAGUUCUUCGUGUAUUGUAAGACUUUUAUUUUUUAAAGUCAGCUUAUUGCUAAAAGUUUUGUGUGAAGCUACAGCACAUCUCUAAGCUUUACCAGAGAAUUUUUUAUUUCUGUUCCCCUGUUCUGUGGUCCAUAUUCUGUUGAGGCUUGUUUUGGGGGCCUUAGUUUAAGACUGAAUUUAUGCCUUUUAUAAAUAUGUGUCUUUUUUAAACAUUCUGGAAUAUAUAUAGCUUUAAUGAAUUACAUUUAAUGGGCCCAACUGAAGUGAUUUAAUAUUUGUAAAGUGAAUUAGUAAAAUAAAUUACCCACUGGAAUAUAGCCAAAGUUGCUAAAGGUUUAAUAGUUGUCUUUGUACUUUAUUUUCUUCCAUUUUAUAGCAGUGUAGUGUUACACAUCUGAGUAAAUCUACAACCUGUGAUCUGAGUCUGUCAUAGUCCUAGGAAGAGUCCCUUAAAACAAGUCACUAAAGAUUCUGAAUUCAGAUACAGGCAUUCCAGAUACUUCUCAUGAGUUCAGUUACUAGUACAAUCUCCACAACUUGAACGGCAUCGGUCAUUCUGUAAGUCCUGCCAAAAUUAUCACUAGUCAUGCAUUAUCGGGGCCUUCUUAGCACUCCCAAGAAGAAAUGAAAAUUUUAAAGUGCUUCCUUAGCACUCCCAAGAAGAAAUGAAAAUUUUAAAGUGUUUUUUGUGUUUAUGUCUAUUGGGGGAUAUUAUCUUUAAAUUGUUUCUACUUGACACUCCCCCGCAAUGGAAAAGUUAUCAAAUUAAACUUAUAAGUGGCAGCUUGGAGCAUAGCAAGAAGUCAGAGGGUUUGAAUUCCAGUCCCAAUUCUGGUUUGGUUUUGUUUCUUAAAAAGGAUUACUGUUACAGAGUUUGAAAGCUGGUUUUGACGUGAAUAGCAAGUUGUGGUCCAUUGUUACUAAGAGUUAAUAAUGCCUGUUAAAAGAGACUUGGUGGUCAGUGCCAAACACACUGUGCAUAUCUACGGUACUUUUUGAAUGUACGUUACUUGACAGCUCCCUCCUGUUGUGCGGUGGCACCAUGUAGAGUCAAGUCUUUGUGAUGUUCUGUAUGGCCGUAGGCUCUGGUGACUUGUAAAUAAUGUGUAAAGCAAGUUUUUAUGAUUAAGGAAUCAAAUUUAUUGAAUUUUAUGAUGAAAUUUGAAAUUAACAUGUAUGAACAAAAACAAUAAAAGAAUAUACUCUUUUCAUGGACUAUAGUAUUAUCUGAAUGCUACAUUUAUUCUAGACAUUUAGGGCUUGCAGAAAUGUGGUUAGAAACUCCUAGGACUGGAUAGCAAUACUAUUUUCUUAGAUGAUAUGUCCUCAAUUGAAAUAUAUUCUCAUUUCUCCCAGCUUAAACAUUUGGAAUCUUACAAUGUUACUUGAGUUUUGCUAUAUGACAGCGGUAUAAAAUUCAUCCUUGCCAUUGCUAGAAUUGUCAAAAUUCCACAGUAAUUAAAACCUGAGUUGAUUUUUACUGAAUGCAGACUGCCACAUUUAAAAUGUAUAUGUGUACAUUUACAUGUGUCCUUUAAAAAGAAUCCUGACAGCUGUGGUCGAACCAGAAAAUAAAAGGGUAAGCGCUGUCAUCUGUCAUGCUUCGCAUCGAGGUUCAUUUUCUGAUUCAACUAUCUAAUUAUAAGAUGGCUCUUAUGCAAAAUUUUAAUCUGAAAUCAAAUGGUUCAAAGAUCACAUUUUAACUCUGGUUAAUAGGAAAUGCCUUUAACAAAAAUUAGUGUAGGAAAAGUUCAGGGUAGUUUGAAAUAAUCCCAGGCAGUACAUUAAUAUCCACAGUUGUCCAAGAAUCCUAGUUGAUAAAAUUGGUGGAAAGGGGAGUGCAAAAACAAUCUGCUUAAGGUUUAAAAACUCUAAUUUAUUGUAGAAAAAAAGUUAAAGAAUUUGGGGACCUGAAGAUAAGUAACUUACAAUACCUUUGCUCAUCAGUUACAUCUUUGGUGACAAUCCUAGAAUUCUUUUGUACUUCUAUUUUAAAAAAAUGGAUCCUACUGUAAAAGGUUUAAUAAAGAGAUUGUUUUUAAACUAUGAAA